AUAUAGCACAAGCUGCCUGCAUAGAAACAACGCCGUACUCGAGUACCGAGGGCCAACAGCGGCCCGGGGUUGGUUAGAAAAGUCAAACUAAACACACGGUAUUCCUCGGACGUUCGGUGUGUUUGGAAAAGAACCAACCUCGACGGCGACUUCUAUCCAUGGUUCAGUGAAAGGCUUUACGUUACUUUACGUUACUUAACUAUUUUAGUUGUUUAACGUUACUUCAUAACGGCAGAUUCUCAGAUUUAAAUGUUUAACUCUAUGGGUCUGAUCAACGAUACAACGGGCAUCCACACGAAUGUGUCCUGUUCCUGUAACUGCAAGCACACGACUUCUUUCCAGAGUACGGAGAUCAGCCAGCUGGAGUUUGUGCAGAUCCUGGUGAUUGUGGUGGUGAUGAUGGUGAUGGUGGUGGUGAUCACCUGCCUGCUCAACCACUACAGACUGUCUGCCUAUUCGCUACUCACCCGGCACAGCGCUGCACGCAGACAACACCUACCUUUCACCUCAGACACAAGUCUGUGGCCGUCUGAUGGAGUAGGGCCCUCUAGUGGUGCGAGUGAGCAGCAGCAGGUGAGCAGUUCUCGGCCCCCAGAUCCGCCGGUCUCCCGCGGCGGCGGUGGCGUUGGCAUGGGCGUGGGCACGGGUCGGUUCCAGCCCACGUGGCCGUACCUGCAGCACUCCAUCAUCGAGCUGCCCCCCACCAUCUCGCUGUCGGACGGCGAGGAGCCCCCCCCUUACCAGGGCCCCUGCACCCUGCAGCUCCGCGACCCCGAGCAGCAGCUGGAGCUGAACCGCGAGUCGGUGCGCGCGCCGCCCAACCGCACCAUCUACGACGGGCCGCUCAUCGGCCCCCCCUGCCCCCCCUCCACCUACAGCAGCGGCAGCAGCAGCGCCGGCUCCGUCUCCGUCGGGGGGGGCUACCCCAACCAGCCGCGGCAGGAAGGGGCGCCCCCGACGUACAGCGAGGCGGUCGGACACUACUACCACCCGUCGCCCCCCCGGCACCUGCGGACGGGCGGCGGGAACCCCACACCCCUCAUCCAGGCGGUGGAGAACAGGAACGCACGCAACAAGGAGAAGCAGAAAGGACCGCAGGUUUGA